AUGCCCAAGUCCAUGAGGUCCUACCAUAGUGUCGAGGACUAUCAUGCCAGACACGACGAUGAUGAUGCCGCCGCCGAACAGCGCGAACGCGACGAUACAAUCAGCGACACCACACCCACGUCGCCCAUAUUCCACCGCUCUGUACGUCAGACACGAGGCUCUGAGACCGACCUCACCCGGAGCGGUUUGUCCGAGCGAUCCGCGUUGCUGGGACAUGCACACAGCUCGCGCUCAUACCUGAGCGUGUCCGCGAGCAUGCCAGGCACUCCCCGACCGGGCACAAAACGGCACAACAGCCAGCUCCCCACAGGCAUGCGUAUGAAGAGCAGGACCGGCUCGUUCAGUCAUUCCUUCAGCCAGCGACUAGUGAACGCCUUGGGCGAGCGCAGGGCCGGACUAGACGAGAGUACGCAGUCGGCCAGGACGACGCUGUGGCAGGACAACCGAGUGUGGUACGAUCAGUUCACAUCGACUGACUGGGUACACGACAACAUCGCCGACGCGUACCGAGUCAAGGCGCUGAGGAGUCGGAAAGACUUGAGAGGCCGUUUGGCAGCGUGGUUCGACGGUGCGCAAGGUUGGAUUCUUGUUGCUAUCAUUGGCGUGCUCACUGCCAUAUGUGCCUAUUUUGUCAACACCACUGAGAGCAUCAUCUUCGACUUGAAACAGGGCUACUGCUCGAAGAAGUGGAGCAUGAGCCGGAAGGCUUGUUGCGAAGGAGCAUCGGUAUGCGACGACUGGGUGCACUGGUCAAAAGUCUUCCGAAGCGAUAGGCUUGAUGUCGUGCAUACGCAGUACGGUUUCUACGUCCUCUCGGUCAUCCUGCUGUCCAUGGCAUCUUGCCUCUUAACACUCACGACCAAGACCGUCAUCCCUUCGGCCAUCUCUCUUUCAACACUCGACGAGAACUUGGGAGCAGAGGUGCUUCGAUACUCCGACAGCAACGAAGACGAAGACCACAAGCGCAGUACAAGCCCUCAAACAAAGAUCGACCAGGCUACAGUCAGACCGCCCAUGGUCUACUACUCGGCUGCUGGCAGUGGGGUUGCAGAAGUCAAAGUCAUCUUGAGUGGUUUCGUGCUUCACGGAUACCUUGGAUUGCGUACGCUCAUCAUCAAAACCUUUGCUCUGAUUCUCAGUGUUGCGUCCGGCCUGAGUCUUGGCAAGGAAGGACCAUACGUGCAUAUUGCGACAUGUAUUGGAAACAUCGCUUGUCGUAUCUUCUCCAAGUACAGCGAUAAUGACGGUAAGCGCAGGGAGAUCUUGAGCGCCAGCGCUGCCAGUGGAGUAGCUGUUGCCUUCGGCGCCCCGAUCGGUGGCGUCUUGUUCAGUCUGGAGGAAGUGAGCUACUACUUUCCCUCGAAGACCUUGUUCAGAACGUUCUUCUGCUGUAUUGCUGCUGCGCUGUCUUUGAAGUUCCUGGAUCCGUACGGUACCAAAAAGAUUGUGCUGUUCGAGGUCCGUUACCACCUUGACUGGAAGUUCUUCGAACUUGCCACUUUUGUCUUCACUGGUGCGGUUGGCGGUGUCUUAGGUGCAUUGUUCAUCAAGGCUUCACGCAUCUGGGCCCGCACGUUUCGACGCAUACCGAUCAUCAAGCAACAUCCGCUCCUUGAGGUGUUCCUCGUGGCGCUCGUAACUGGGUUGAUCAGUUUUUGGAACCGCUACACCAAGCUCCCGGUCACUGAGCUGCUCUUCGAGCUUGCCAGCCCCUGCGAUACCUACACCGAAUCGGGAGACGGUCUGUGUCCGACCAAGGAGCACAUCCCAUCCGUAUUGUGGACGCUCUUCCUUGCAUUCGUCAUCAAAUCAAGUCUUACCGUGGUCACAUUUGGCAUCAAAGUGCCUGCUGGUAUUUACGUCCCAUCCAUGGUAGUCGGUGGUCUGGCAGGACGCUUCAUUGGCCACACCGUUCAGCUUCUCGCCCUCCGCUUUUCGCACCUUGGUGUGUUCGGCGAGUGCGUGCCGGAAGGACCGCCCGGAUCAUGUGUGGUUCCAGGUGUAUACGCACUGGUUGCAGCUGGUGCGACGAUGACGGGCGUUACUCGAUUGUCCAUCACCCUUGCAGUCAUCCUGUUUGAGUUGACAGGCAGCCUCGACCAUGUCCUACCCUUUUCUCUUGGUAUCCUCGUCGCCAAAUGGACAGCCGAUGCUAUCGAGCCCCUCAGUAUUUACGAUCUCCUGACCGACAUGAACUCCUACCCCUUCCUCGACAACAAAGUCCGUCCAAUCUUCACGUCCGAGCUUGGUGACAUCACUCCUCGCCUACGACCAGAUCGCAUCAUCGAUAUCUCCGACGAGUCCCUCAUUCCAGCAACUGAGCUUCGCGUUAUGCAGCGGUUGCUCCAAAUGGCUGGCGAGCUCGAUGGUGGUGUCCCCAUUGUUAAGUACGGCGUAUUGGUAGGCUUGAUUCCUGCGCCAGAUCUGGAGUUUGCUCUCGACAAACUGGACAACGAAGAGAACACACUUUGUUUGAUGUCAACUCAGGUGGACUGGGCAGCUGGCCGAGAGCCUCAAGCCUCUAGCGACGAUGGCGAAAGCCCUCAGCACGACCCUAGUGACUUCACGCCUUACAUCGACCCUGCGCCUAUCUCGCUCGACGUGCACUCUCCCAUGGAUUUAGUAUAUGAGUGCUUCGUCAAGCUAGGACUGCGGUACAUUUGCGUUCUCAGAGACGGCAAAUAUGCUGGCAUGAUCCACAAGAAGACUUUUGUCAAGUACAUGAAAGAGUUGGAGCUCGAGGAGAAGAAGCACCACAAGAACUGA